GUGACCAUGGCUCCCGGCGAGAGAGGAGAUCUGCGUGACUCUUCAAUAUCUUUGCUGAACUCAUCUAGUGUUGAAGGUGAUGCUAUCAAGGUUUUCGUGCGGGUGCGUCCCCCUUCAGACAGCACUGUAUUAACAGAGGGAGAUCAUGGCCUGUGUUUAUCUGUGCUUUCAUCCAACACCAUCCGCCUGCACUCAAAGCCUGAGCCCAAGAUCUUCACUUUUGAUUGCGUUGCAAAUAUGGAAACAACGCAGGAGUCUGUGUUCUCAAGUGUGGCUAAAAACAUUGUUGAAUCGUGUAUGAAUGGCUACAAUGGAACCAUCUUUGCAUAUGGCCAGACUGGGUCAGGGAAAACCUUUACUAUGAUGGGACCAUCUGAUUCUGGUAAUUUCACUCACAGCCUGAGAGGUGUAAUUCCACGGAGCUUUGAAUACUUAUUUUUUCUAAUUGAGCGGGAAAAGGAAAAGGCUGGCAGUGGAAAGAGUUUUCUCUGCAAAUGCUCAUUUAUUGAAAUCUACAAUGAGCAGAUAUUUGACUUGCUAGAUUCUGCUUCAGCUGGACUCUUUCUCAGAGAACACAUCAAGAAGGGAGUCUUUGUUUGUGGUGCUGUUGAACAGGUGGUGUCAUCUGCUGCUGAAGCAUACCAGGUAUUAACUAUGGGCUGGAGAAACCGUCGAGUAGCAUCGACCUCCAUGAACAGAGAAUCCUCCAGAUCCCACGCAGUUUUCACUAUCACAGUGGAAUCCAUGGAGAAAAACAACGAGGUUGUUAACAUUCGGACUUCCCUGCUCAACCUGGUUGACUUGGCAGGAUCUGAGAGACAGAAAGACACCCAUACAGAAGGACUGAGGUUAAAGGAAGCAGGCAACAUCAAUCGAUCACUAAGCUGCCUGGCCCAAGUAAUCACAGCACUUGUUGAUGUGGGCAAUGGCAAACAGAGACACAUUUGUUACCGGGAUUCCAAGCUCACUUUUCUGCUACGGGAUUCUCUUGGUGGUAAUGCAAAAACGUGUAUAAUUGCAAAUGUUCACCCAGGAUCCAAGUGUUUUGGUGAAACACUGUCCACCCUUAAUUUUGCUCAGAGAGCAAAGUUGAUUAAAAACAAGGCUGUAGUAAAUGAAGAUACACAAGGAAAUGUGAGCCAGCUGCAAGCUGAGAUCAAGAAGUUGAAAGAGGAGCUUGCUAAACUUACUUCAGUGUCAUCUGCAUGCAGUAUUUCUGGAUCGCAAGAUGCUGUUGAAAAAGGGAAGAAUAACAUAAAUUACAUGAACCACUUUCUUGAAGCAAUGUUGUUCUGGGAGAAAUCAGAAGGUGAAAAGAAGAAUUUAUUAGAAAAAGUGGCUCAGCUGGAAGAGCUGUGUGCCAAGAAGGAAAAAUUUGUUCAGUCCAAUAAAAUGAUAGUUAAAUUCCGGGAACACCAUAUUGUUCGCUUGGAGAGGUUACAUAAAGAAGCUGGUGGAAUGUUAUUGCCAAAAGAGCAAGAUGAUCUCCUCAGUGACUUGAGGGAGGAGGUGCAGAUACUCAGAGAACAGAUGGAACAACAUCCACGAAUUGCAAAGUACGCCAUGGAGAACCAUAAUCUCAGAGAGGAAAAUAAAAAACUUCGUUCUUUACAAUCAGUUAAAAAGGCCCAAGAAAUUGAUGCUCAGACCAUUGCAGAGCUAGAAAAAGUUUUUUUGCAAGCUUCAGCCACAGAGAAAAGUACUAAAGGUCUCCGCUUACACUCCACCACCAUGUCAGUGGAAGGCAACUCGCUGGCAUCUGUCGAAAGGCUGAAAGCUCAUCUGCUGCAGACCCAGGCUGAACUGGCAGCUUCAAAGCAAGAAUAUGAAGAAUUUAAAGACCUAACCAAGAAAACACAUAUGGAACUGGAAUCAGAGCUCCAAUCUCUUCAGAAAGCAAACCAACAUCUUGAAAACAUUCUGGAGGCCACCAAAGCACACAAGCGCCAAGAGGUCUCUCAGCUGCAUAAGCUACAUAGAGAAAGCCUUAAGAGCAUAACCACUCCAACUAGAGCUUACCAGCUAAGGUCUCGCCUUGUGCCGCGAAUAAGCCCAGAUUAUAAUUUUGAAGAUUUUCAUCAUUCUGAAGAGAUGAUGGAGGACAUUCUGAAAGAGCCAGUUCCCGCAGAGAUGAGUGAACAAGCAUGUGAAGCUAUUGCUGAGGAGCUCAAAGUAGCACAGGAGCAACUGAGCACUAUGCAGACAAGGCUUGAUGACGAGGAAAGCAAGAGUAUGAAACUCCAGCAGCAUAUUAAUAAGCUGGAGCAUCACUCUGCACAAAUACAGGAGCUUCUUUCCUCUGAAAGGAAUGACUGGAGUAAAGAGCGCCAGGAGCUCCUUGAACAGAUAAAAUCACUUGAAAAGCAGCUUCAGGAAAGUCAAAACAAUGCUAAUUUAUUAACAAGUGAAGUGCAUGACUUGCGUAUUGUCCUGCAGUCUGCUGACAAGGAGCUGUCUGAUGUAAAAUCAGAAUAUAAUGCCUUUAGGGAAAAGCAAGAGAAAGAAAUAAGUCAGCUUUCUGGUAGACAUAUGGAUGUACAGUUCCAGCUGGACAGUGUCAGGCUAGAACAUGAAAAGAUUCUUGAAGAAAAGGCAAGCCUGCAGGAUGACUACGACAAUUUGCAGGAGGUAGCCAAGUUUGAGACGGACCAGCUGAAGCAACAACUUGAGGACCAGAAGCAAGAAGCAGAAGCAAUGAAAACUGAGCUAAGCAACCUUUUGCAGCUUCUGAAAACAGAAAAAGAACAUAAUGAAAAACUAACAUUACAAUUACAAGAAGACAAAGAAAACAAUUCAAAGGAGCUCUUGAAAGUACCUGAAAAAGGACAGGUGGAGAAACCAGUUUCAGAAUUGGUGACACAGUGUGAGCAGCAGGAAGCAAAACUGAGGACAUUGGAACAGGAGCUAGCUGCUGCUGAAGAGACUAUUGCUUCUUUGAAGAAGACAAAUGAUACAGAUAAGGAAGUUGUAACGGACUUGAUGAGACAGAUCCAGGAGCUGAGGUCUUCAAUUAAUCAUAAAACUGAGUCUAUAGAUGGGCUGACAAGAGAGCUUGAGGAUAUAAAUUACAAGUAUAAUAUUGUUCUGGCUGCAAAAGAAGAAAGCACGGGAAUCAUAGAGGAUCAGGAAAAGAAGAUUGAAGAGCUGAAGGAAGCCUUGGAAGGAAGAGAAAUCAGUGAUAACAUUGAGAGGGACCUUCUAUGUGAAGAAUUGCGUCACACUGCUGAACAGCUGACCAGUCUGACAGAGGCCUCUAAGAAACACCAUGCAUUGCUCCAGUGUGCACAGGAGGACAUAGCAAAGAAAGAAGCUGUAAUCCAGGAACUCAGGGAACAGUUAGACAAAAUGACAGAGGAACUGGAGAACAGGAAAAGUGAAUAUGAACUGAAAAUGAAGCAAAUAGAUUGCUUUGUGGACUCAUCUUCAUUUCCUCAGUAUCCUAAAACUCCUCCUAAUUUUGAUGUGAAUUUGGCCAAGCUUUUGGAAACUCAUGAGCAAGAAAUAGCUGAUCGAAGGGCCUCUGCAAUAAAUCUGGAGCACCUUGUGCAUGAACUGAAUGAAGAACGAAGAGCAAAAAAUGAUGAAAUUCUAAGGCUGAAGGAACAAUUAAAUGAGUUGGAGAACUUGCGUCUGGAAAUGCAGAUAUUGGUGGAGAACAACAGGAGUUUACAGAGCCUUGUAGAAGCUCAAAGACCAAGCAAGAACAGGAGCAGGGAAUUCUUAGCACUUAUCCAAAUUAUAUUCCGAAGUCCCGAGUCAGGAAUCCAACAAGCUGCAUCUAAUGUUUUUGAACUUUUCCAGAAUAAAGCAGUGGAAGAAAUGCUGAAAAUCAAAGCAGAAUUAGAAGAGACCAAAAAUAUCCUCAGAAUCCAAGAGAAAAGCUGUCAUGAAAUGACUCUGGAGAUGGAACGAACAAGGACUUUGGAGCUCAAAGCAUUUAAUGAGAAAGAAGAAAUUAGAUCAAAACUGGAGGAAGCAUAUGAAGAAAGAGACAGGACUGAAAAGGAAAUGAAAUUGCUGAGGAAGCAAGUUCACUCGCUUGCUGAGGAGAAUGGGAAAUUACUUGGUCAUCAAAACCUAAACCAGAAGAUUCAGUAUCUUGUGAAACUGAAGAAAGACUAUGCUAAACUUACAGAGGAGACUGAAAAACUACGAGUUGAAAACACUUUUUUGAAAGAAUCAAAAAAAUGUGACGUUUGUAGACAUAAUCAGCGGUAGUGACAAAUAAAACUGCAGAGCCAUAUUUUUAAAGUGUACAGAAUAAGCAAAAGUCAGUUGUCAAAUUUGACUUUUGCUGUGGUUCUGGAAUAAUCAAGUAUUCUAGUCUUUAGAUUUUUUGCUGGUAAUAACUCUUAAGUGAAGAUUGUUAUUCCAGCUCUGUGGGCAGCUUUCAAUGAAAUUUUAACAUCUUUUUGUAAUUUUUUUAAAACCUGAUUUUGUAUAGAUGCUGGGUAGAUGCUUCCUUGAAACUUUUGUACCUUGAGAAGGAAAAGCUUUCUUCCUGGGAACACCUGGAUUUUUGUCUCCUUUUGUACUUUUAUUCAGGAUCCUGCCACUUCUGAAAUGCUACAUUUUCCAUCAGAGCCAAAAUUAAAAAAGCACAAUUUCUUUGUGUUUGUUUCUUUAGUUAAGCAUAGAAUGAUUUUCCUGGGUUGCUUAAAAAUAAUUUUCAUAUUAAACUUUGGUCAAUAAAGCAUAAAUGUGAAUUUAGUAACAGGCUUGUAAAUAGUACUAUAAAUACAUUUU